UCUCAUUGACGGUGUAUCUUCCCAUGACUUGCAGUGUUCUCCAAUACAACAUCACCAGCUCACCCAAUGUACCUAUAAAUACCCGCACACCACGAAAGCCAGCGAUACAAGAAUCACCACUAAAUAAAUUUACUGGACUAGCUAAUUAACAACCGGUAGCUUCUUCCUUCAGUCGAGCCAAGGCAACCAUGAGCUGGAGCUCGAGUUUUGCGAAGGCCAGCAGCCUCGCCGUCCUCCUCCUGCUGGCUCUCGCGCUCCAGCAGCUCGAGGCAGACAUGUCAAUGUCGUGCUCCGGCAUGCUCUCCGACUUGUCUCCGUGCCUCGGGUUCCUGCAGGGCGAAGAGGACUACCCCUCGGCCGACUGCUGCGACGGCGCGUCCAGUCUCGUGGCGGCCGCGGCCACCACGGCUGACCGGCAGGAGGCGUGCGAGUGCCUCAAGUCGGCUGCGGGAGAGGGCAGCGCCGAGGCGACUGCAGCGCGGGACUUGCCGGUCGACUGCGGCCUCUCCCUGCCGUUCACUAUCUCCGCCGACAUCGACUGUUCUCAGAUCGAAUAAAAUGAAUUGACCACCCCCUCAUAUGGAGGAUCAGAUGAAGACGAGAAGAAAUCACUUUGUUCUUGAGCUAUGUCACAAUGUAAUAAAUGAUCAUGUGAUGUAGUCAGUCGAUCUUAUUACACAGGAAAAGCAAGAAAAAAAACUAGAUAACCUCUUGUAUCAAACGUGUGUGCCAUUGUUUAGCAUUUCCUUGGUUUAUGCCAA